AAUCAGAAGUAGGUUGGCUGCUUCACUUCAGCGAUGGAUGUGUGUUAAUCUGUCGGUAACUUGAGUCACUGAGUCUCAGUAAACAGACGCUUUUAAUGUAUGUGAUUGACUAUGCCGCCCCGCAAGAAGGAGUACGGGAUUAAACGUGCGAGCGGCUCUCUGGUUCACUUCAGAGCGCCCGUGAGCGCGACCACCGUGCGCCGACACUCCGCCGUCGUUCCCUCGGUGUUGACGUUCGCCGUGAUCGUGGCAUCCGGAGGCCUGCUGCUCAUGAUAGAGAAGGGAAUGUUGAACAGCGUUCAGACUCCGCCGCCGCGCGCUAACGGGAGGAAAGUGGAGUACCGAUUGAGGAGCAGCAGUGACACGGCUGCGGACGUGGAGUCUCAGAUCGUUCAGGAGAUCCGCAAUCGCACCAUCAGGUCAGUGUGUGGUCAGAGGAACAUGCCUCACAGUGUGUGGUCUCUCAGCCCCCUGCAGAGGAAAACUCUCCUCCAGCACAUCCUAGUGAACGACGAGCAUCGCUUCCUCUACUGCUACGUCCCCAAAGUGGCCUGCUCCAACUGGAAACGAGUGCUGAAAGUGCUGAGCGGCGCUCUGGCCAAUGUGGACGUCAAAGUCAAGAUGGACCACCGAGCCGACCUGCUCUUCCUCUCCGACCUCCCACCUGAUGAGAUUCGCCAUCGACUCCGCCAUUAUUUUAAAUUCAUGUUCGUGCGAGAGCCGAUGGCCCGUCUGCUUUCCGCCUAUCGGAACAAGUUUGGUGAAAUUGAGGCCUAUCAGCGCAAAUACGGCGCAGAGAUCAUACGCCGCUACAGAAAAGGCUACGCGAAAGAUAAAAAAAUAUCAGGAAAUGAUGUGACGUUUACAGAGUUUACGCGUUAUUUAGUGGACGAGGACCCAGAGAGGAUGAACGAACACUGGAUGCCCAUUUAUAACCUUUGCCAACCCUGCGCCAUCGAAUAUGACUUCAUUGGCUCGUAUGAAAGACUGGAGAGCGACGCGUCUUACGUUCUGGAGCGCGUCGGAGCACCACAACAUGUGCGUUUUCCUGAGCGACAAACAUGGUACAAACCUGUAACCAAGGAAACGCUGCAUUAUUAUUUAUGCACUGUGCCACAGAAGUUUCUCAAAGAGCUCCUGCCCAAGUAUAUUUUGGACUUCUCUCUGUUUGGUUAUCCUUUACCCAACACAACCACUGAAUACUGCAGGCAUUAACAAAGACAUUGUUGGUUUGUAAGAUUGUCUAUAAUCUUUCAUUAUGUUUAUAUUUUAAUGCCUUUUUAUCAGAUGUUUGUGUUUAUACCUGUACAGAAUUGAAAAUAUGAAUAAUAUGAAAUUUGAAUAAGCCUCAGUACGGUGUAUUUGAGAGCUUAUGAAGUUCAUACCACUAUUUAAAACUGGAAAUACUCAGCUCUUUUACUCAUGAGAUGGACAUAAACAGAAAAAAAAACAAACAUUGUGCUGUGCGCAAGACUAUCGGCAGACUAUCAGGAGUUUUAUAUUAGCGAGCACAAGCUUCCGGUGUUUUCACUUGUCAAUAUAAUGUUCACCACCUGCUGUUGGGGAUGCUUUCAUCCACUCUGGGGGAAUUUUUGAGUCUUAAUUUGGCCACAACUUUCUCUGUGUUUCAGCUAAUGGAAUGAUUUUUGGUCACAAAUCUUAUUUUAACAUAUAUUUUGGGAAACGCUUUGAAAAAUGUCAAAAACUCAACAAACUCUUAGCAAAUCUACUCAUGUUGGUGGCUGUUUUUACCCUAUUGACAUCAAUUAUAACAACAUUUUUUCCAUUUAGGCCAAGACACCAUAUAAUCAGGCAUGUAAUCUAAUAUAAUGUGUGUAUUGCGACAUUGAUACGGCCAAUUUGAUACAUUAAACAGUCAUACAGCCAAUUUGGUGGAUGGAGAUGAUUGGGAGGCCAUGAUGGGUAAGGACACCAGGACAGAACACCAUGGUUACACCUCUACUCUUUACAGGGAUUUUUAAUGACCACAGAGAGUCAGGACCUCGGUUUAACAUCUCAUCUGAAAGACAAUCAUGCAAAGAUCAUGCAUCCUUGAUUGUUAGUGGUUCUCUCUGUUCGGAAGAGGUCAAAUAUAUGAUUUUGACAUUUGAUCAUCAAUUUGCACUGCAAAAAAAGCUUAAUUUCUAGCUUUUUAUAUGUAGUGUCAUGUCAACAGGGAAAACCACAAACCUUCAUUGCAUGGUUAUUUGGUGUCAAGACUUGCAAUUUAAAAAAUGUGGUUAUAAUGGAAGUCAAUGGGGCAAAAACAGCCACGAACAUAACGAAGAGGUAGUCAAUUUGAAUACACAAUAUUUCCAGUGUUUUUAUUUAAAGAGGCUGUAUGUAAAAUUACUAGGUCACACCGGUGGCUAUUAAGUAAACAACACCCAGCAACUUAUUUGUUGAGUUUCAUUCAUAACAUACAACUACUGCAUGUGAUUCAGCACCUCGAUAUACUCGCAGCAUAGAAAUAAAAUAAAAAAGACAGAAAUACCUGUGCAGUCAUGUACUGAUAAUAAACAUCCAGGCAGCGUCCACGGCAAAAUAAACACUUGAAGUUAGAGUGGUGAGAAAACAGCAGUUAGGAAAGCAUUGGAUAAUAGUGAUGUAGAGAUGUUUUGCUCAAUUCACCAGCAUUGUUUACAGCUGAGCUCAUCAAAACUGUACUGUAAGAUCAGAUUUUGUGAGACUAUAGUUUUCUUUGUAUGAGAUGUGUUUACAUUACAUUCAAAUUGGGCACAUUUAAAUUCAAAAAUAAAUAUGUUUCACAAAAACUUACAGAUAUAACAAAAAAAGGUUAAAACGUUCAUGUUUUUUCACAUGCACUGGUCAUCUGGCAUACAAUAGUCACAUGAUCAUUCUACAAUGUUUUUUUUGUUUUUAGCGGUUCACAUUUCUAGUAAAAAAGUGAUCAAUACACAAAAUUCUUACAUAUAGCCUCAUUAUUUUAAAUAUUGUUACUUCUACUGUCACCCAUAUUCUGAGAUGUUACUUUUGUGUUUAAUCCCAUUUAUAAGGAGGCCGUUCCUAUCUGUAUGUAUUUAAUUUUGCUGAGUGUGUCGAGUUUCAUAAGACCAAGACAUAUUUCUGACCACAAACUGAACCCUUCCCAUCUGCCACUUCCUCUGAAAAGACGAGGCUCUGACUUCAAUCCCUAAAGAGAUCACAAAGAAUGCAGUUUCACAUCCAAAAACUGAAGUACUGUAUACGGUGAGGGAAUAAAACAAAUAUUUGAAACCAGAA